UGUGUGUGUGUGUGUGUAAAUCUCCUGUCCUCUUCUCCCCAGGUGUCAGCAGAGCUCCAACAAGAGGUGCUGAUGAGUCUCAUUCAGACAGAUCCUGACAUCAUCGACUAUCUUCUCCGCAGGAAACUCAGUCACCUGGAGGUGGGGACAGUAGAUUCUACAGGGGGUCGGCGGGACACGGGGGUGUCUCUGGACUCUGUGGGGGCAUUCAGUGGUAGCCUGUCACCCCUGGAGACCCCCUCGCCAUUCUUCAACUUGUCCCCCCUGGAGCCCCCCUCUCCCCUCUUCAACCCUGACGGGCCCGGGGACGGCAGCCUGACCAGUGAGGUGUUCUUUAACCUGGAGGCGCUACGACACCACAACAACAAGAAACGCUCCAACGUGAUCCUGUCCAAGUCCAUCGGCCAGAUGAGACAGUUCCACUCCAACCACAACCUCCUGAGUCUGGCCCAGUCCUCUAGCAGCUCCAGAGUCCACCCAGAGGACAGCUACCAUGCCCAGGAACAGAGGGCUCCGCUGGGGGAAGAUCUGAGCUUCACCCUGGGGGCUGCCUCAUGCUCCAGCCUGGGAGGACAGGGGGAUAACAGUGUCUGGGUGAGGCAGACACCCCAGGAGGAGAGAGAGAAACAGGUGGCUAACAGUGUCUGGGUGAGGCAGACGCCCCAGGAAGAGAGGGAGAAGCCACCUCCUAGUAAUUCCAGUUAUUUCUGGGACUUCUUCACAGGGAAGAGCUCGGGGUCGGAGACCAUGGUAUGAUAGGACAGGACACUGGGGGGUGCGGUGGAGGGGUGAGCGCAUUCCAGGGGCGGGUUGGGACUAGAAAUCGUUGGAGCAGCCAGUUUCCAGGCUGAUGGAAGGUGGUUGGACCAUGGACUCUAUGGGGGCCUCCAGUGGUAGCCGGUCACCUGACCAUGAGAGAGAGGGUAUAUACACGUGUCAGACAAGCACAACCCAAACAUACUAAACAGACUGUUUUAUACUAACACUGCUUGGGACUAACAUUACCGAGGAAUUUGAUAUAUUUUUUUUACCAUUGUUCCUAUAUCUUCUUUGGACUCCGUGUGAUGCGGCUGGAGACUAUGUUAUGGUACACUAUCCCUUAUCAUAGUACAGCUUUUUACUAGGCUCAUGAAUUAAGUUUGAAACAUUGGUUACAAUGAUGUGGGGGGGUGGGGGCGGGGCGGUUCUGUAAGAUGUACCGAAAAGUGUAUAUAACUUCUUUGCUUCAGCUUCUGAUGCAUAAAACAAGACAUUGGGGCCUCUUCUUUCUAUUCCACAAGAGGGCAACCUUUACCACACCUCGUAUAUACACCAUCUGGCUGGCUGCUGUGGACUGGAAUUGUUACCACACUUCAUAGGACUAUUUGAAUUAACUACCAGGGACAAUAUGGCCGUAGAUAUGUUCUACAAGUAAAGACAUUGGUUAAAUAAAAACGUUUUUUUUUUUUUAAGAUAUACCUAAAGAUUCUGAGAAUGCUGUGUACUGUACAGACCUACCUGAAGAUGGAGAGAGAAUGCUGUGUACAGACCUACCUGAAGAUGAGAGAGAAUGCUGUG